AUGGACGAGACCACCCCGCCGAACGACACAUCGCAACCGAUCAAGCCCCCGCCGCGGAAACGUCGCCGAGUGGUCAUUUCGUGCUUGGACUGCCAUAAGCGCAAGCAGAAAUGCGACAGGAAACUGCCCUGCACCAACUGCGUCUCGAGGGGGAAACAGUCAUCAUGCCGCUAUGAGACGGGCGCGCCCAUCUCCAAGGACGGAGGAGAAGGGCGCAAAGGUUCUCAGCCGGGAGAAGACGUAUCGCCGCCCUUGGACGGUGCUAAUGGCGAAGGUCACAUUCCCAUCAAGGCGGUUGACUUUGGAUACUCGAAUAGCAGCGGAAAUGGCGCCAACACCUUGGGAUUCUUGAAAAAGAUCGAAGGUGCGGGCUCGGGCGAACCACUGAGUAGCGUCGGCGGCGUCGGCGAGGCAGCGCAAGAAGGGGAGCAUUUCGGGUCCAGAGAAAGGUACAAGAGCCUCGUCCGCCAUCUGCCAGCGCGCACAUUUGUCGAACAGCUUGUCGAUAUAUACCUCCGGGAAUUCAAUUGGAUGUACUAUGCUAUUCACGAGGCCGAGUUUUUGGAACAGCUGGAAAUGUGGUAUCAGCUCCCCUUCCACCUCCUCUCGAAUGCUGGGCCGCAAGGCAUAGAUCCGACUCUCAGGUCUUUUCCUGCACUUCUGUUCCAAGUACUCGCCACCUCACUGCUGGCAGUGUCGGAUGAGAACGACCCAAGGUUUGUAAGCCUAAAAUAUGCAGGCAACAUGACCUUUGAGGAUCUUGCGUUGGAGUACAGUGAAACGGGCGUUGCAAUUUUGACCUUGUUGGGGAAGCGCCAGAUGACGGUGCCGACUGUCCUGGCCGGAUGGGUACGCGCUGCAUUUCUCAAGUACACCGGCCAGGUCACUGAAGCGUGGCAUCAAGUAGGGACUGCCAUCAGAGAUGCGCAGGAGAUUGGCCUACAUCGUGACCAGUUCGACCCGCAACCGGGCCCAAAUGAUAGCACAGAACAAGCGCUGGAUGCCAUGUGGAAAGCGCAGAGCAGGCGGAAGAUCUGGAUGGUUCUCGUCAUGUGGGAUUUGCACACAGGCGCGGUCCUCGGACGACCAACGAGCGUGGACAUGCGAACUUUCAAGAGGAGCUCUCCCAUUGACGCACCCAUCCCCUUCGACAGACGGAAAACUCCCAUAUUUGUUCGUGGCGAGAAUGACCCACCAACGCCUCUGACUAGGGGUCUUUGGGCGUUUGAGUGCCUACGGCCUCUCCGCGACAUUCUCGACCUCGAGAAGGAAGGCCCAUUUCCCAAGGAUUUUUCCAAAGUCGAAAAACUGCACCAGGAGCUUCUCGAAUUACAAGAGCGUACGCCUCCAGAAUUUCGCCUGGAAAACCCGGAUACCAGGUUCGAUUCUUUUCCAGAGUGCCACUGGAUAACACUGGCACGGCCGACUCUACCGCAGCUCAUUUCCUUCAAUUUCAUGGCACUUCACAGGCCCUACAUAUUCACACGAGCCAGUAGUCGACAUGAAGCCCUCAAGGCCAGCUUGGAUAUGCUAGAGGCACAAAGUAUCCACUUCAAAGGCCUGGAUCCCGAACAGUACAAGACAUUCAGCCUCUUUUUUGGCACAUUUGAUGCCAUUGUCAUGAUGGCCAGCAUAUACAUUCUCUUUCCCAAGGAGCACCCCGAACUUCUGAACAAUGCGCUCCAGCAUUUCCAGUGGGGAGUCGAAAGGUUCGAGGCGAUGGCUGAUCGCAACCGUCUGGCUGCUGCAGCAUUGGGAGUCCUGAAUGCCAUCUAUAUUCGGCUCAAAAAGGCCAUAGGUCACGGGUUUCUCAACAAGCUAUGCCCUCGCUCCUUUACCUGCCCCAAAGAACUGUGCCAAACAGAUCAGCAAGAUGACGCCACCAAGAGCUCGGAUGGACAGACUUCGAUUGCCGCCGAGUCUUCUCCGGCAGUCACCCAGUCACAUCCUGCGUCAGUGACGCCGAAGACUGAGUCACCAGCUGUUCACACGGAUGGCAGCAGCAGCGGAACUGGUCUCACACCCGGCGCAGAGCUCUUCCCUGCACCCGACUGGUCUUUUCCGACCAAUUUCGAUUUUAGCUCGCUUCCGCCAAUGUAUCCGAUGGGCGACGUGGCCUAUAAUGACCUGACAGGCAUACGAGAUGAUGGUAUCCCCCCGAGCGCCGGCAUUGGAGUCUGGCAAGGAGCAGCAGACGGCUCAGCUAGUGCAGAUUUGGUCAACAGCCUAUCACGUCCCAUUGGUGGCGAGCAAAGCGAAGUGGGCUACAACUUUGGCGGAGAGUUUGGCAACGACACGAUUUGGAACCUGUUGAAUCAAUUUCCGCCACAUUAG